UUGCGAGUUCCUUGGGUUGCCUCAGGUGCCGCUCACGGGCGAUACGAGAAGGUGGAUCUUACCUCUGCACCUUUUCUGAGGUCCCCUACCUGUCUGUCAUCAUGAGUAGUGAAUUCCUGGCGGAGCUGAAUUGGGAGGAAGGGUUCGCCAUCCCGGUGGCGAACGAGGAGAACAAGAUACUGGAAGAUCUGUUGUCAAAGCUGCGGGAUGAAAGGUCAAGCUUUCAAGAUCAGCUACGUGACUGUGAAGAUCGAAUUAAUGCUAUGACUUCUCACUUCAAAAAUGUUAAGCAAGAGUUCUUAUUUACCCAGUCUCUUUGCAAAGCCAGGGAGCAUGAGAUUGAAAGUGAAGAACAUUUUAAGAUGAUUGCUGAAAGAGAACUGGGACGAGUGAAGGAUGAAAUGCAACGACUGGAAAAUGAGAUAACUUCAAUACGGGAAAAGAAAAGUGAUAAGGAAAAUUACAUAUUUAAAACUACUCAAAAACUGGAUAGUUUGAAAUGUCAGAUGAACUGGGACCAGCAAGCACUGGAGGCAUGGCUGGAAGAAUCGGCUCAUAAAGAUAGUGAUGCCCUCAUUCUUCAGAAGUAUGCACGACAAGAUGAUAAUAAAAUUAGGGCACUGACCCUGCAAUUAGAAAGACUGACUGUGGAAUGUAAUCAGAGAAGAAAGGUACUUGACAAUGAACUUGCAGAGACUCUAAGUGCACAGUUAGAAUUGGAUAAAGCAGCCCAAGAUUUUCGUAAGAUUCAUAAUGAAAGGCAAGAACUCAUUCAACAGUGGGAGAACACAAUAGAACAGAUGCAGAAGAGAGAUCGAGACAUUGAUAACUGUGCCUUGGCACUAGCAAAGAUAAAACAGGAAAUAAGAGAAAAAGAAAAUUUGGUUAAGGAAAAGAUCAAGUUUUUGGAAAGUGAGAUUGGGAAUAACACAGAGUAUGAGAAAAAAAUUUCUGUUGCUGAUCGUAAAGUUUUAAAAUGUAGAACGGAAUAUCAAUGUCAUGAAACUAAGAGAAUUCAGCUGAAGGAUGAGCUGGAUACUUUAAAAGCCACUGUGAAUAGAAGUUCUAGUGAUUUAGAAGCUCUGAGGAAAAAUAUUUCCAAAAUAAAGAAGGACAUUAAUGAAGAAACAACAAGGUUACACAAAAUUAAAAAUCAUAAUCAGAUUGUAAGAAAAAAAUUAAAGCAGAUAACUGAGAAAACUACAUCUGUAGAGGAGAAAGCUACCAACUUGGAAGACAUGCUAAAGGAGGAAGAAAGAGGUGUGAAAGAAGUAGAAGUUCAGUUGAACAUAGUGAAGGGUGUGCUAUUUAAGAAAGUUCAGGAAUUACAGACUGAGACAAUGAAAGAAAAAGCUGUUGUAUCUGAAAUUGAAGGAACCCGUUCUUCUCUAAAGCACCUGAACCAUCAGUUACAUAAACUGGACUUUGAAACCUUACAGCAGCAAGAAAUUAUGUACAAUCAGGAUUUUUACAUUCAACAAGUGGAACGCCGAAUGUCACGGUUAAAGGGAGAAAUUAACUCAGAAGAAAAACAAGCCCUUGAAGCAAAAAUUGUUGAACUUCAAAAGACAUUGGAAGAGAAAAAAUCUACAUUUAACCUUUUGGAAACACAGAUCAAGAAGCUUCAUAAUGAUCUUUACUUUAUCAAGAAGUCAAAUAGUAAAAAUCGUGAUGAAAAACAGUCCCUCAUGACCAAAAUAAAUGAACUAAACCUCUUCAAUGACAGAUCAGAGAAAGAACUUAAUAAAGCCAAAGCUUUGAAACAGGAUUUGAUGAUAGAAGACAAUCUUUUAAAACUUGAGGUUAAACGUAUUCGAGAUAUGCUUCACAGUAAGGCAGAAGAAGUUCUUUCUCUGGAAGAAAGAAAACAGCAGUUACACACUGCUAUGGAAGAACGGAAUGAAGAAAUUAAGGUUCACAAAAAAAUGCUUGCAUCACAAAUAAGAUGUGUUGAUCAAGAACGGCAAAAUAUAAGUGCUGAGUUUCAUGAGCGGCUAAGUAAAAUUGAUAAGCUGAAGAACAGAUAUGAAAUUCUUACUGUUGUUAUGCUGCCUCCUGAGGGAGAAGAAGAGAAAACGCAGGCCUAUUAUGUAAUAAAGGCUGCUCAAGAAAAAGAAGAACUUCAAAGGGAAGGUGACAGUUUGGAUGCUAAGAUCAACAAAGCUGAAAAAGAAAUCUAUGCUCUAGGAAACACCUUGCAAGUGCUGAACAGCUGCAACAACAAUUACAAACAAUCUUUUAAGAAAGUGACUCCAUCUAGUGCUGAGUAUGAGGUAAAAAUUCAACUAGAAGAACAAAAGAGAGCUGUUGAUGAAAAACACAGAUACAAACAAAGACAAAUCAGAGAACUACAGGAAGAUAUCCAGAGCAUGGAAAAUACUUUAGCAGUUAUAGAACAUUUAACAAAUAAUGUCAAAGAAAAAAUAUCAGAGAAGCAAGCUUACACACUUCAACUAAGGAGAGAAACUGAGGAGCAGAAGCCAAAAUUAGAGAGAGUAACUAAACAGUGUGCAAAACUCAUCAAGGAAAUCCGUCUUUUGAAAGACACGAAAGAUGAAACACUAGAAGAACAAGACAUCAAACUUCGUGAAGUGAAACAGCUUCACAAGAUCAUUGAUGAAAUGUUAGUUGAUAUCACAGAAGAAAAUGCUGAGAUUGGUAUUAUCCUUCAAACAUACUUUCAACAGAGUGGUUUAGCACUACCUACAGCUAGUACUAAAGGGAGUCGUCACAGUUCUAGAUCUCCUUCCCAGACUUCACUGGUAUCAGCAAGGUCAUCUAAGAGUACAAGUACUUCUGCUUCUCAGACUUCAAUUAAAGUAUUAGAGCUGAACUUCCCAGCCUCUUCACUAACUGGCAGCACUUCUAGACCAACUAGUGCUAGCAGUGGCUCCAGUAAUGGUAAAAGCAAAAAGAGCAGCAAAUAAACAUUUUAAUCUCUCUUUUGAACAAGUUGUAAACACAAAACCAAAAAUCUCAUAAUUUAAAAAUAGUAUAUGCCACUCUAUGCUUUUGGGUGCCUUAUACUGAUAUACAGGCCUACUGAAAUAGUGUUAGAAAUACAAUAUGACCAGACAAAAGUUUUAUCCAGUGGAAAAUAUAAAAACUGUUAAAAAAAAAGUCAAGCUAUUUGGGUCCAAAUAAGCCAAAGAAACGUUUAAUUUUCUUAGUUUUUUGCCUAUUUUUUUUCACAUAGAGGGAAAGCAGUAAGAACAGAUUCUUAACAAGGAUACGUGUUAUACAAGCAUAGGGUUAUGAUAUUUUCCACUGUUAUUUUGUUUGUUAUAUCUCUUUUACCCUGGAAGAUCCUGAAAUUAGGUUUUAUUAAAAGAAACAUACUUCCCAGACUUUGGGGGAAGAAAACUGUUAGUUUCUUCCUUUAGUAUAAUUAAAAAAUUUUUAGUCAAAAAAUGGCAUUACCUCUCCCCCUCCCCCCACCAAGAAAACAAUUGAUAGGAAAGAGAACCACUGUAUCAAUAAAAGUGCAGCUUAAAUUUCUAGGAAGUAGUCCAUUCUGAUCUUGAAAGAAGUCAAACACAUUAAAGAUUUUGCUCUCAAGAUACAACCAAGAAUGUGUUUUCAAGAUUUCCUUGAUUUAAUAAACAAUUUAAAGAAAGCUAAGCGUAAUUAGAUUUGCAAUAGGAAUUCCAUAAAUUUGCAGUGAAGGUAGACUACCAGAUUAAGAAUGUUAUUUCAGUCAAUACUUUAUCAUAACAUGUGCCCAACAGUUUGAACUCCUGAAGUAUGACUAUGAUGUUAUAAAACUGGUUUUCAAAUAAAUUUAUCAGGAUCUAUGUACCUAAAUGAGUAUUGUCUCCUUCAAACCUUGGAAAAAAAUAUUUGUUAUACAGACAAUUGUCAUUGUUUACAACUGUCACUUGCAAUUCCUUCUGAAAGGCAGUAGUGGUUUCUCCUGAUCACUAGAAUAUUUUAUUAUCAUUUUUAGUAAUAGCCAGCAAAAGGCAUAGCCAAGUCCAAUGAAUAAGAUGGGUAAAAAGCUGAAUAUUGUUUCAUAAAACACUGUUCUGCUAAGUGAGAUUUAUAAGAUCUAAAAACUGAUUGAUCUUAUGGUCACUUCAAAUGUUCAGAGUUCUCAUUCUCUGCCCUUUUUUACUUUGUAAAUUACUCGGAAGUUGAAAUAUUAAACACUGUAUUCUAUGAAGGCAGGAAUUGUAUCUUAAUAGUUCUCUGACCUUGGGAAAGUUACUUUAUGCUUUUUUCCUCAUUUGUAAUAUAAAGACAGUAAGAGUUAUCUAUAUCAAAAGUUUAUUGAAAUAAUCAGAUAAUAUAUACAAAGUGCACAGGGCCUGAUACAUCGGAAUUGCACAGUAACUUCUACCUAUUUAUUAUUGAGUCACCAACCAAAGCCUAGCACAGUAUUUGUGGAAUGGUUAGGUUCUCAAGCCAGCAUGCAAGUCUACAUUUAACUCUUAAAUAAAGUAAUAGUUCCAAGUUCAGUGUAAUAAUGUUAAAUGGUGAAACAAGGGAUCAACCCUAUUAUCUCCAAAUCUAGAGUUAUCCUAACAUUCACCUGCUGUGUUAGAAAGUCAUCUACUUAUGCAAACCAAGAUACUGCCUGGGUACGUACAAACUAUAGACAUAAUGUUCAGGGAAAAAAAGUGCUGAAGAUACCACUAGGGAUUCUUCACAAGUAAAUCUCCAAUAAUAUAUUUUUUUUCUGUGAUGGGUUUCCUGAAUAUAUCCUUAUAAAUUGUCUUAUAUAAUCUGCUUAAUAUAUCCCAGGAAAGAAGCUUUGGGGAAGAUGGAAUUUCUAAAUUCAGGCAGGCUGUUGUAUAAGAUACUAACCUAAUUUUUUGUAACUGAAUGUAACAUUAAGCCGUAAAAACGCUUUAGAAAAUGACAAUGCUGGUUGAUAGUGAUGCUCAAAGAGAUUUUAUUAAAUAAAGUGUGUGUAAAAUCCUGAAGCUGUGCUAGCAAUUCCUAAAGGUCAAGGCGUAGUAUGUCACAAGAGUUUCCACUCUAAAAACACCACUAUGUAGGAUUACUGUAGGGAUGAUACCAGAACUAUUAAUACACAGAAAGAACUAGGGACUCUUUUCAGAUAAAUUUCUUGGUGCAAAGACUAAUGCCCAAGUGACUGACUGAUUUCUACUGCCAUUACCUAUUGUUUUUGACCAGAGUUUCUUUUUCUGUUCCAUUGCAAAACAAAUUUUAGCUUUUUCAUUAGGCUCCCAUCACUGAAGUCUGAAGGUCACAAAUAGUAUACAUCCAGUUAUACUAACUUUUGGUAUUUUACUGUUGGCAGAAACUCCAAGAUAGAACAAGGACUGUCUUCUUCCUCUAUCAUUCUCUGUCACUUAGACCUUUGUAGAUGGAUACUCACUACCCUCCAACCCACCCAUCCAGUGUCAUCAUGAGUUGGAAAGAUUCUAAAGCCCAUUAUAAACACCUAUGACUUCUAUUUAUAUCUAUCUCUAUCCCUAUUUAUACUGUUUUCAAUAAUUCGGGGAGGAUCCUUACGAUCCAAGUCCAUUCCUUCUUCAGCUCUAGUUGCUGAAAUUUAUUCUAAGCCCAGGCUCUGUCAGCCUAGUCAUUUAUUCAGACUCUAAGAAAGGAGGUAUCAGAGGAGAGGUGUUAAGGAAGAAAAGCAGAAAUGCAGGCCAGCUCUAGGCUAUUCAGAAACAGGCCCAGUGCCUUCCCAACUGGACAUUUGCAAUACUAGGACAGUUUCCUAACUUCCUUUCCCGUAGUGGAAGACCAGAUUUAUAGUGUGUUUCACUUGCCACUGCUGUUUUUGCUAA